AUGUUAAGCAAUGAUAGCACCGAUUCUGACGAAGGAAGUAGUAGUGAUUCCGAAGAAGAAAUUGACGAUGACAAUGAACAUACAAGUUCAAUAAAGCGAAGUAAAAUGGAAUAUAAAACGCUCAAUAUUGGUAGUAGGAAUCGUCAACAAUCUGAUAGUGAUGUAUUAGAACGACCGAGUGACAAUGAAAGCAGCGAUAACGAAGAUCAAGAAAAUGAGAAUGAAGAAGAAUAUCAACGUUCAUUAUUCCACAGAAAUAGAAACGAUACACAAAAAUCAAACGAACGGCUGCAACCCUAUUAUAGUCGGACGCUGGGAAGAUAUAAUGAUUCUUCUGUUCUUGAUCCUGUUGAAAGUUUUGAGGAGCGUAGCCCAAGAAAAUCAGUAUCAGCAACGAAAUCAAUUAGUCAUGAUGAAGCAACAUUGCUAGACAUUAUGAAGAAGCCGAAUGAAAGAUAUAAGUACUAUACGAAUAUAGAUGAUGAACCAAAUGCUGCUGAAACUGAGUAUGAUGAAUUCUAUCGAACCAAAUCUGUUGAUCCAUCUACAGAUACCCAAAGCAAAUCCGCUGAUUUCUCAGCUUGGAUAAAUCGAUUUCAAUCAUUGCCUGACUUAGACGCAAGUUUUGAAUUAAAUCAUACAGCAUUUCGAGAAAAUAUACCGUCAUCACCAUUAGGUUCACCAAAAAUGAUCUCAGGGAGUAGGAUAGAUACAAUAACAACAAUAAUUAAUGGUGCUUCUCAACAAGCUAAAAGCUCUCCAGUCAAACAACAGCAGCAAUCAAAAAUUCCAAUACGGCCACCGUCUUUAUCACAAUCAAGAUCAAGAUCAAGAUCGCCUUCUCAUAGUCCAACCACUCGAAAAAAAACAAUGAACGAUGCAAACAAUGCAGAUAGGACCAUAAGACGUCAAACAUCUCCUACGUCAAAAAUACCUGUUUUGAUCAAAACACAACAACAACCACCUAUUGAAAAAGUGUUUCCAAAAAAUGAUUUACCUGUUACCGAAAAAGGCGCAUUUCAUUUCUUUACAUCGAAUGAAAAAUUAAACGAUGAGCCCAUUGUGUCAAAUAUAUUCGAAAAAGAUGAGACUCACAACAAAGAACAAAAUUCUAAAGUAACAGCAUCAUCAUUUCUUCCCAUUAAUCAUAAAAAAACAGCAGUAGAAACCAAACAAUCAACUAAUUCCACAGCAUAUCGUUUUCCUACUAGAAAUGCCAUAUCUGCCAAUGGAUCUUAUAAAUCAAAAACUACAACCAACGUUACGACAGAUUUAACAAUGAUCGAUCCAAGACGAUUGACAAGCCAACAAUAUUCGUUGGAUGAUAGUGAUGAUACGUUGAGUAUUGAAAAUGAAUCCGCAACUGAAUUAGUAAUGAAAUUGAAAGAAGAAAAACGACAUUGUAAAAAAACCGUGACCAUCUUAAAUCAAUUACAUGAAAAUUAUGGUCAGUUAUUAGAGAAAUAUGCUCAAGCUGAAAAUACGAUCGAUCAACUACGUUUUCAACCCAAACUGUACGAUAACAGUACACCCCCAGCAAAUACAAUCGAGGGUUCAAUGCAUUUUAUACAUCAAAAAGAAUCUCACACAUUUCCAUCAAAAUUAACUCCAAAUAGUGUUACGUCAUUAUCUAUCCGUCAGGUGACAUCGUCAACAGCAACGGCAAAAACCGAUACUUCUCCAAAUUCGGCUACAAUUGAAGGUGAUUAUACUAGUUCCGUAUUUUUCGAUGAAGCUGUACCUCAACGUAUUAUUGUGCAAGAAUUAUCCACACCAGAAACAAUCAAAUUAGAUUUAUUAAUUCAAACAAAAACUCUUGGUGAAAAAAUGCGAUCAUUCUUAACAUUAAUGGAUGCGAAUCAGCUCAGUUUAACAGAACAAAAACAAGUCUAUGAAAGUAUAAAGCAAGAUUAUGAGAAAUUGUUAAAAACGUUGAAUAAUGCGAAAAAUUCGGAUGGAAUACGGCGAUUAAGUAGUGGAAGUGAUUUACAAGAUAUUGAUCUUGAUACAGAUUUAAAUAGUGAACUUGAAACAAUGAAGCAAUUACUGAAAGAAAUAGUUAAACGAAUAACAGAAAAUUUAUUGGGAAAAGCAAGUAGUGAAUCAGAAGGUGCCAAUGGGAUAUCAGCGAGAGGAAGCCAGUCAAGUGCAAUGUCAACACGUUCAUCAUUGAUCAAUCAUGGUGAAUUAAUGGAUCAAUAUCAAAAAUUAUUGAAUGCUGUUAAUGCGUCUGAUCGUAAAGGAGAAAUGAAAAGUUUGUUGGACGGGCUAGAUCAUGUCUCGGGCAAAUUACGAAAGGCUAUGUCUCAAAGCUCGUAUAAUUCACCAAGAUCCGAAAUUUCACAUACAGAAAAGAACACUCGUCAAACAACUAAACCUUAUAUCUGUACUUCUGGAAAUUCGGAUGAUGAACAAUGUAGUACACCGGAACGAGAAGGAACAUUAAGACGUAUGGAAUCUGCAUCAUUCGGAUUAGAAAAUGUUGACUUACAGAACAGUAUAAGUCGUGUUGAACGUAUGAAUCAAGCCGAUGAACAACGUCAGCAUGUACGUGGAACAACAAGCAAACAUGUAUCAAUGGAUGGUCAAACGCCAAAGAAACGACAGAAAAAAGGGGUGGAUAAUAGACAAAAUACACUUGUUCAUGAUAAAAAAAGAACACAAUAUGAAGAGGAAGAAGAGGCAUACAACAGUUUAGAUGAUUUAUCACGAACGAGAAGACAACCGGUGAGACGUACACCGAUUGGAGAACCAUACAACAGAGAGGAAAGAAGUCCAACGUCAAAUAACAAAUACAAUCAAAAGGUAAGUCUUGUACGAUUGAAAUCCAUAACAACAUCAUAUGCUCUCUAA